UAAUCUAUCUCACCUCUAAGCCCAGCCCGUAAACGCACUUUUCUUCUUCUUCUUCUUCUUCUUCUUCUUCGUUGGUGUCUAUCCAGUAGCUACCUACUUGCUCAUGUGCCUCUUCAGUUCCCUAUCAGUGAUGACUUAACCCAUCACUCAAAAAGAUAAACCCCGAAUGAUGUCAUCGCCCGCAUUAGCUGCUUCAUCAAGUCUUUUACCAUUCAAUUGUAGGGCAAAGCACUGUGCUGGGCUGUUUCCUAGUUUCUUGAGAAAAUGUGGGACCAAGAUAACAUUAUCUGCCAGUUCUCAACAGAAAGGAUUUCGAUUUGCGAUUGCUUCCAGUGCGCCUGGGUCGAAUGGUAGUGUUAAGGAUUUAUCUGAAGCUGAAACUGCACCUCAAUUGUAUUCUUGGCCGGAUAAGAAGAAACCAAGAAUAUGUAUACUAGGUGGUGGAUUCGGAGGUCUAUAUACUGCAUUACGACUAGAAUCCUUGGAGUGGCCUGAUGACAAGAAACCUCAGGUCCUCCUUGUUGACCAGUCCGAACGCUUUGUUUUCAAGCCAAUGCUGUAUGAGCUUCUUACAGGAGAAGUAGAUGCAUGGGAGAUAGCUCCUCGUUUCUUAGACUUACUGGCAAAUACAAGUGUGCCGUUCUAUCAAGAUAAGGCCAAACUAUUAUAUCCCUCUGACCAUUAUGGACCUACACAAUCCAGCCUUGGGGGAACUGUGCUACUUGAGAGUGGACUCCUUGUUGAAUACGACUGGCUGGUUCUUGCUUUGGGAGCUGAAUCAAAGCUUGAUGUUGUACCAGGAGCAGUAGAAUUUGCAUUGCCAUUCUCCACCCUGGAGGAUGCUCAUAAGGUUGAUCGUAAGUUAAGAACAUUGGAGAGGAAGAACUUCCGUAAGGAAUCUUUGAUUCGUGUGGUUGUUGUUGGUUGUGGUUACUCUGGAGUUGAGUUAGCUGCCACUGUAUCAGAGAGACUGCAGGAUAGAGGUAUAGUACAAGCAAUUAAUGUGGAAACCACAAUCUGCCCGAAUGCCCCGCCUGGCAAUAGGGAAGCUGCAAUUAAAGUACUCACAUCGAGAAAAGUUGAACUUCUGUUGGGUUAUGUUGUCCGCUGUAUUCGUAAAGCUGUUGAUGCAGAACAUGAUUCCGAGAAAUAUAUAUUGGAACUUCAACCUGCUCAAAGGGGAUCACAAAGUCAAACUGUGGAAGCAGAUCUUGUAUUAUGGACUGUUGGGAACAAAUCUCUUCUUCCUAAGCUGGAACCCGAGGACAGGCCCCAUGAGCUUCCCCUAAAUGCUCGUGGACAAGCAGAAACAGAUGAAAAUCUUCGCGUUAAAGGCCAUCCACGCAUAUUUGCAGUUGGUGACUCUUGUGCUCUAAGGGAAUCAAAUGGAAGGCUUCUUCCUGCCACUGCACAGGUUGCUUUUCAGCAAGCAGACUUUGCUGGUUGGAAUCUGUGGGCUGCAAUCAAUGACCGCCCUCUUUUGCCGUUUAAGUUUCAGAAUUUAGGUGAAAUGAUAACUCUGGGAAGAAAUGAUGCUGCUAUUUCUCCAAGUUUCAUUGAGGGGCUAACUUUAGAAGGUCCUAUCGGCCAUACGGCAAGGAAAUUAGCUUACUUGAUUAGAUUACCAACGGAUGAGCAUAGGCUUAAAGUAGGAAUCAGCUGGCUCACAAAAUCUGCUAUAGAUUCGGUUGCAUCUCUGCAGAGCACCCUGACUAAGGUCCUUUCAAACUCAUAAACCAUUAUUAUGUUUUCCGACAUACCAUGGUUAAAUAGUUGUAAAGAAUUCGAUUGUUGGUAAAAAUCUGUUACCAACAAUCUGUUGCCAUUUACGUCAUUACAGGUUUUAUUUAUUAAAAUUCUACAAUAUUCAUAUGAAUUAUUAAUAGAACACAGCAGUUAAUUUCUA